AUGCUACAUCCAAAGAUUGUCGUCAAGAGCUCACACCUUAUGGAAUUCGUUCCAACGGUGAAGGAAAGAAGAGCCAAUGGUCUAGAUAAACAGAACUUCAUUGUUGAAAAAAUUGAAGACGGUAUCGAGAAGAUGUACUGGAUGUACUAUAUCAACUUACCAUACUAUCUGAUGUUGACUGCAGAUUCAUACAUUCUACAUAGCUUCAUCUUAACAAUGGUCAGUUUAAGUGUAUUUGGUGUAGUUAAGUACUGCUUAAUGUACUAG